AUGAAAUUGAACUUCUUCCCUCUCGUCGCGCUCUGCGCAACCACCGCCAGCAGUCUUGCUUUCGAUUCGUUCGCUAGCCAACCAGCAGGCGCAAACGUAUACUCCGUCAAGGAUGUAGCGGAGCUCAGAAGAAUCGGCGCACACAACCAUCCAAAGCACCAUGACCGACGGACGGUGACAAUACGCCACUCACACAACGAUACUGACGACAUCUCAGCUGACUUUCUCUGGGGCUUGCGUCGCGCGAAUCAUGGUGGACGGUUGCUUCUGAAGAAGGGGAAGAAGUAUGUUAUUGGGCGGAAGCUUGAUCUCACAUUUUUGGAUAAUGUCGAGGUGCAGCUAGACGGGGAGUUGAAGUUUACCGACGACGUAGAGUACUGGCAAGAAAACAACUUUUACUAUGACUUCCAGAAGUCGAUUUCCUUUUGGCGAUGGGGAGGCCGCGAUGUCAGCAUUUUUGGAAGCGGGACGCUGAAUGGGAAUGGACAGCGGUGGUAUAAUGAAUUUGCUGGGCAGGAGAUUCUGGAUCCUGACAACACGUACUACCGACCCAUCCUCUUCGUGGCGGAAAACGCAACGCGUCUCUCCGUGGAAGGCAUCACGGAGCUCAACUCGCCAUGCUGGACGAACUUCCUCGUUGACAGCAAGGAUAUUUCGUUCGAUGGCGUCUUCAUCAAUGCCUAUUCAACGAACGCCUCGGCUGAACCGAAGAACACCGACGGGUUCGACUCACUCAGAGUGAACGGGCUGUCCGUUACCAACUCCCGCGUUGACAUCGGUGACGACUGCUUCUCUCCCAAACCCAACACCACCAACAUCUUCGUGCAAAACCUGUGGUGUAAUAACACCCAUGGCGUUUCCAUGGGAAGUAUCGGGCAGUACCCUGGCGUCGUGGAUAUCAUCGAGCAUGCGUACAUCGAGAAUGUCACGCUCCUCAAUGGCGAGAACGGCGCGCGUCUUAAAGCUUGGGCCGGCGAAGGAGUCGGCUUGGGGAGGAUCAACAACAUCACGUACAAGAACAUCCACGUGGAGAACACCGAUUACCCCGUCGUUUUAGACUCAUGCUACUUCAACAUCGCGGCAGACGAGUGCGCGGCCUACCCGUCGCAGGUCAAUGUGACGGACAUCACAUUCGAGAAUGUGUAUGGGACAUCGUCGGGUGCUGAGGGGGAUGUUGUUGCUGAGAUUAUCUGUUCGCCAAAUGCGGUCUGUGAGGGCAUCGCACUGAAAGAUAUCCAUGUCAAAACGCCAGAGGGACAAGAGGGUAUUGUUGUGUGUGAAGGGGUCUCUGGGGGAGUUGGAGUCGAGUGUCAGGCUGCUUCAGAUUCUGAGUAG